CUCCCUGGUCUGAGAGAAUCCAGACCGACUGACAGAACCUGCAGGAUCUGACCAAGACCAGGACCUCAAGACCAGGACCUCAACCAUGGCCAGCUGUUCAGCAUGUGGACCAGGAUACAGCAGCCCAUUGGACGCCAUGACAGGCUCCAGGGAGCUCCUGGUCUACCUCCCUUGUAUCUACUGUAACACGGACAUCAUGAAACCAGACUACCUGGCCACCGUGGACGUGGACCCCAAGUCCUCCUCCUUCACCCAGGUCAUCCACCGCCUGCCGAUGCCCAACCUGCGUGACGAGCUGCACCACUCGGGCUGGAACGCCUGCAGCAGCUGCUUCGGGGACGCCUCCAAGACCAGGAACCGCCUGAUCCUCCCGUCCCUGAUCUCCUCCAGGGUCUACGUGGUGGACGUGGGCACGGACCCCCGAGCCCCCCAGAUCCACAAGGUGGUGGAGCCGGUGGACGUGUUCUGGAAGUGCGGCCUGGCGAACCCUCACACCUCCCACUGCCUGGCCAACGGUCAGAUCAUGAUCAGCUGCAUCGGAGACCCGUCUGGCAACGGCAAAGGUGGCUUCGUCCUGCUGGACGGCGAGACGUUCGAGGUGGUCGGUAACUGGGAGCACCCGGGGGAGGCGGCGCCCUUUGGAUACGACUUCUGGUACCAACCCCGACACAACGUGAUGAUCAGCACCGAAUGGGGGGCGCCCAAAGCCCUGGCCAACGGGUUCAACCCGGAUCACGUCAAAGAAGGACUCUACGGCCGGUGCAUCCACGUCUGGGACUGGACCACCCACAGGAAGCUGCAGACCCUGGACCUGGGCGAGGAGGGGGCCAUUCCCCUGGAGAUCCGGUUCCUCCACGACCCCGAUGCCACGGAGGGCUACGUGGGAUGUGCUCUACGUUCUAACGUCUUCAGGUUCUACAAAACACCAGAAGGAGACUGGGCUGCAGAGAAAGUGAUCAGUGUUCCCAGUAAGAAGGUCGAGGGAUGGCUGCUACCUGAGAUGCCCGGUCUCAUCACAGACAUCUUAAUCUCAUUGGACGACCGUUAUCUCUUCUUCAGUAAUUGGCUCCACGGUGACAUCAGACAGUAUGACAUCACAGACCGGAGGAACCCGCGAUUGGUCGGCCAGGUGUUUCUUGGAGGAAGCAUCGUCAGUGACGGUCCAGUCAGAGUCCUGGACGACCCGGAGGCCCAGCCCCGCCCCCGCAUCAUCCAGGGGAGGCGUGUCCCUGGAGGGCCUCAGAUGUUGCAGUUGAGUUUAGACGGCCGGAGACUUUAUGUGACGACGUCUCUGUACAGCGGCUGGGACAAGCAGUUCUACCCCGACAUGGCCCAAGAGGGCUCAGUGAUGAUGCAGAUCGAUGUGGACUCCGUGGAUGGGGGUCUCAGUGUGAAUGAGGACUUCCUGGUGGACUUUGGGAAGGAGCCUGAUGGUCCUGCUCUGGCCCACGAGCUGCGGUACCCUGGAGGAGACUGCACGUCUGACAUCUGGCUCUAGAGAUCAAUACUCACGGUCAAUAAAUCAAUAUUGAGCUCA